UUUCUAUCUUCUAGCCAAACGUGGUCUUAAAAAACGAUUAAAAGUCUAAACUACCCCUGCCCUUAAAAGAUAAAGCUGUGAAAUUUAUUUAUCGUUAGUGCUCUGUGAAGCAGACAGUGUAAUACCCCCGGUUUCUAUAUCUAAUCGCCGAAUGCUGAGUUUGAGACAUUUUCCAGCGGUAUUCGCUAAAAGAUUGGAAUCAGUUCAGUUCUGCAGGAGGUUUGGUAGCCCGGUUGUGGUAUGUGCUGCAAAAGGUCCUCGACAAAGGUAUCCUCGAGUAUGGAAAACCAAGCCAAGAAUAGGGACCAUUUCUAAGUCGUUAAAGCUCGUCGACACUAUUAAAGAGCUAUCAAAUGUCAAAGAAGAAGUAUAUGGGGCCCUUGAUUCUUUUAUUGCAUGGGAGUUGGAAUUUCCCUUAAUUACAGUGAAAAAGGCUUUGAAGGCUCUUGAGAAUGAAAAAGAAUGGAAAAGGAUAAUUCAGGUGACAAAGUGGAUGCUAAGCAAAGGUCAAGGAAGAACAAUGGGGAGCUAUUAUAUGCUGCUAAAUGCUUUGGCAGAAGACGGGAGACUUGAGGAAGCUGAAGAACUAUGGCAAAAGUUAUUUGCUGAAAAUUUGGAAAGCAUGCCUCGUAAUUUCUUCGAUAAAAUGAUCUCUAUUUACUACACGAGGGAAAUGUAUGAUAAGAUGUUUGAGGUUUUUGCUGAUAUGGAUGAGCUUGGUGUGAAACCUACUGUAUCAGUUAUUGCAAUGGUUGGAGAUGUAUUUCAGAAGCUUAAUAUGAUGGACAAGUAUCAGAAAUUGAAGAAGAAAUAUCCUCCUCCGAAGAAGGAAUUCCGUUAUAUCGAGGGGAAGCGUGUGAAAAUCAGAUCGAAGCCUAUCAAUCGAUCUAGGUAUGUUAGGAAUCCUGUAAUCAAAGCGGAUGUGGAAAUUCGCGAGACUUUGCCUGAAUCAUGUGAAAGUACUGAUGUUAGUUUAAACAAACCUAGUGAUAACCUUAAUGAACACGGGGUUGUCGAAUCAUCUGCAUUUAAACAUGGUGACUUUAUUGAUCCUUCUUGAUUAACAUUAGACAAUUAGCUGCUUUGGAAUAUA